AUGUUUAUAUUUCUCAUGCAUGAUGCACGCGAAAUUACGAUCAAGCAGGCGCUAGGUCUUAGAUCGAGAGACUUUGGUGUUUUAGUUUGGGGAGGAAAAGGUCAGACAGUAUUUACAUGUAUCAUGUCAGGAUCUUCAGAUUUAUUAAAGGAUGUCAAGCAUUCCGUUCAGAUGGAAAAAAGUUCAAAAUGUCGUACUAUAAUGUGGUCUGUGCCCCGUUCCGUCUCGACCGCCCUGACCAAAUGCAUCGCCGCCGGAGCUCCGGCGGACAGUUCGGUAUGGUUCGAGCCGUUCUGCUACAGCAGGGCAAUUUCGAUCAUCGCUUCAGCCAAGCACAAUCUUUCGUUACCGCUUGACUAUGACGGAAAUGAAAAGAUUUUUGAGCAAGCAGCAUCUGCUAUUGGGGAUAUGAUGUCCUGCAAGGUUCAUCCAGAACAUCUUACGUAUGGGUCACUCAAACAGCUUCUAGAAAAAGAUGCCAGCCCCUGCGUGUUCGUCAAGGACCUGGCUCAAGCAAUGAAUAAGGACAAGAUCCAAUAUCUCCCUCAAGGGUACAAAUAUGUGUUCCUGAUUCGACAUCCCCUCCGAGUCUUCUAUUCCUUUCGAAAGGUCGCAUAUGCGAACUCUGCCAAGUUUGAGGGGGACUGCAAAGCAACAAUGGCGGAGGAAGAAUAUGACAUAGAGAGAGAUUAUGUCAUGUUUGAUAGAGCUGGAUUGUACUUCCGGGGUAUUCAUGAAACCUGGAAAUAUGUGAAGGAUAACUUAAACAGUGAGCCAGUUGUGAUUGACGGUGACGAUUUGCUGGCUAGGCCUGCUGAAAUGCUUCCAAAGAUCUGUGAAGCUAUAGGUAUCCCAUACAGUGAGAGCAUGUUGCAUUGGAAUCCAUCUACUGACAUUGUUAAGAAAUGGGUUCACCCAGCCGACGGAUUACUGGAUGAAUUGAUGUAUAUCUAUGAUAGAGCAUUAACAAGCAGUGAAUUUGCUCCAGCCAAUCCAAUGCCUCGCCGUGAUCAGGUCACCCAAGAUGUCAUCAGACUUACUGAUCAAGUGAUAAAAUAUUAUGAGGAGAUGUAUGAAACAAGAAUGAAAUGAUGCUUUUGUUUUGGUCAGGAAUUAAUAUUGUUGAAAUAUUCCAUUAAUCUGUAAUAACUUGAUAAAUAUAUUCACCAGUCAUUCAAUGUAACACAAUCAAACUCAUCAACUUGAAUGGUAUCUGAGAUGGGGCCAAUUUAUACAAGCAACUAUGCUUCCUUUGACCCCUCCACAUCUGAAAUAUAUUUUUUAUGUGAAUUAUUUGUAUACUGGUAAAUAUUUUUUAAUUGUGGAAUUUAAAGUUGAAUUGAAUUGUUAUCUUUAAGCAACCUGUAUGCCAGUGCAAUAACAUAUAAGAAAGGACUUAAAGAAGUGCCUAUCUAAUAUACUAAAACAUGUUUAAGUAACCUCUUCUGUCACAUAUAUAUUUAAAAUACACAUGGGUAGUUAAUUCUGGAUGGAUUCAAAGAUUUUGUAUUUCAAACAAAGAAGGGCUGAACAUUUGAAAAUCGCCCCCUAUUGACAAGGAUGGUACCAAAAUAUUUCUAUUGGGUGUGUUGGGGGGAUGACCUGAAGCAAAUUCUCAAUUGAACAACAGGAAAUGUAGUGUUUUUGAUGAUAAGACCUACCACAUUUUCAAUAUUUGAUCAAUACCUACAUGUAAUCAAUACUUCUACUGAAAGUAUACGUUUACCAACUCCAACAUUCUUUUUGAAAGUAUUACUUGUUCUUCAAGAUUAACCUUGGAUGAAUACUCAUUGUAUGGGCUUCUUGUGAUACAUUCUUCCAACUCAUUAAAAGGUUCACUCCCCCAAUUCAGAAUAAGUUACGACACAUUGAUUGUUUUGGUCAAGGGCUCAAGGCUGACCAACAGCUGAAGUCUUGACCUGACAAUUAAAUAAGGGUUACACCUUAGAGUUUACAUUUACAUUACUUCACGAGUUAUUAUCAUCUUCAAUAAAUAUGAACUGUACAUCUCAUCUUGUUUUGUCUCCAGUAAUGCUUGUUGAAAGUUUAAGUAUAUGUACAAUCUAUGCAACAGAAUAACAGUUUGUCAAGGAAA